CUGCCGAACGUUGACGCAUAUCGUGCCGAUAUUCCCUCACUUUUAGGAGUUGGCCGCAAAAAAACGGCAAAAUUGCCCAAAAAUCUACUGUUCUCCAAGAAAAUCUGGAAUUCUGGUUGGUUGAAAAUCUGAAAUUUUCAUCUGAAAUUAUUUUCAGCUCAACCGAAACCGCUGAAAAUCAAUGAGAAUCUGGAAAAUUCGGAGAUUUCCAGCCCCAAUUCAUAUUUGGUUGGAGUUUUGCCAACUCCAAGUGCACAAAAAUCGAUUUUGGAUUCUUUAUUGGUGGGUUUUGGUUUUUGAUGAAAAUUUGGCGGGAAAUUUGAAAAAUUCACAAAUUUUUGAAUUUUUCGAAUUUCGCGCCUAGGAAAAUUUAGCGCGAAGUUUGAAAAUUCAAAUUUUUCAGUAAUUUUUGAGUUUUCUAGUUUCCCGCCUAAAAAAACCUGAAAAAUUUUAAUUUUUUAAAUUUCCCGCCACUGAAAGAAAGCUGAAAAUUUUGAAUUUUCAAAUUUCCCACACUGAAAAAUUAAGCGCGAAAUUCAAAAAUUCAAAUUUUUCAGAAAUUUUUGAAUUUUCAAAAUUCCCGCCUCAAAAAAACUGAAAAAAUUUGAGUUUUCUAGUUUAUCGCCUCUGAAAAUUGAGCGCGAAAUUUGAAAAUUCAAAAUUUUGAAUUUCGCGCUCAAUUUUACUGGGCGGGAAAUUUGAAAAAUCAUAAAAAUUUUGAAUUUUCUAGUUUCCCGCCUCGAAAAAAUACCGGAAAAUUAAAAUUUUCAAAUUUCCCGCUUCUAAAAAUUGAGCGCGGGUUUCGAAAAUUCAAAUAUUUUUAAAAAUUAGAAUUUUUGAAUUUCCCGCCACUGAAGAAAUGGGAAAUUUGAAAAUUCAAGAAAUUUCUAAAACUCCUCAAAAUAAAAUUCCACAAAAUUUUAAAUUUUCAAAAUUCCCGCUUCAAAAAAAAUGAAAAUUUGAAUUUUAAAAUUGCCCGCCUCCAAAAAAACCUGAAAAAUUUGAAUUUUUGAAUUUUCUAGUUUCCCGCCACUGAAAAAUCAAGCGGAAAAUUCAAAUUUUCCGAAAUGUUUUUUUUUCUAGUUUCCCGCUUCUAAAAAAAGCUGAAAAUUUUGAAAUUUUAAAAUUUCCCGCCACUGAAAAUUAAGCGCGAAAUUCAAAAGUUCAAAAAAAAAUCUCAAAUUUUUUCAGCAACACGCCAUUUUACACCACUCUAACCUGGACCGCGACACAAUCUUUCAAUAUUCCUCUGCAAAUUUUCUCACAUUCCUACAUUGCUCAGUUUUGGCACAAAUUUUGGCGGCAAAUUCGAAUUUUCCCGAAUUUUCGCGCAAAUUUCACUUCCUCUCCCACAAUCAUCGCCGAAAUUCGGCGAUUUUCAACAAAUUUUUCGAUUUGAAAAUUAUCGAAGACGAUUUUGACACCGGAUAUUCGACACGAAGUUUUCAUCCCGAAUUACCGACACCCAAGAAAUUGACACAUGAGAAAAAGUUGAAUGAGGUAAAACUGGGCAUUUUUUGAUACCAAAUAUGCCACGUGGCUUUUUCGCGCCAAAAUUUGCUUCAAAAUGACACCAAACAUGAUAUAUUUUGGUCUACAGUACUCCUGGGUUACUGUAGAUCUAGAUUUUUUGAUCUACAUGGAAUUUUUGGAUUUUUGAGAUACAGUACUCUUUGACACGUGGCAUUUAUAUGAUUGGGUUACUGUAGGACUAGAUUUUUUGAUCUACAGGGAAUUUUCUAGAUUUUUGAGCUACAGUAAUCCUUGCUACGUGGCAUUUUUCCGGGUUACUGUAGGACUAGAUGUUUUUUUGAUCUACCAGAAAUUUUGAGAUUUUUGAGCUACAGUAAUCCUUGACACGUGGAAUUUAUAUGAUUGGGUUACUGUAGGACUAGAAUUAUUGAUCUACAGAGAUUUUUGAGCUACAGUAAUCCUUGACACGUGGAAUUUAUAUGAUUGGGUUACUGUAGAUUUUUUGAUCUACCAGAAAUUUUGAGAUUUUUGAGCUACAUUAAUCCUUGACACGUGGCAGUUUUUCUGGGUUACUGUAGAUCACAUAGAUUUUUUGAUCUACAGGAAAUUUCUAGAUUUUUGAGCUACAGUACUCUUUGACACGUGGCAUGUGAAUGAUUGGGUUACUGUAGGACUAGAUUUUUUGAUCUACAGGAAAUUUUGAGAUUUUUGAGCUACAGUAAUCCUUGCCACGUGGAAUUUAUAUGAUUGGGUUACUGUAGAUUUUUUGAUCUACAGGGAAUUUCUGGAUUUUUGAGCUACAGUAAUCUUUGACACGUGGCAUUAGAGAUCUACAGUAUCCUGAAAAUUUGCAAAUCAAAAACUACAGUACCCUAGAUUACUGUAGAUCACUCAUAUUUACAAUCAAAAUGCGUCAAAUUUUCGCGCGCCAAAACCUACAGUACUACUUGCAGCUCAAACUCUUCAACCAUCUACAGUACCCCGUCCGAAUCGCCCCUCAAAAAUCGAUAAAAAUCGCCGAAAAAUGGCCCGAAAUCGAGGAUUUUCCCGCUUUUGCCUAUUUUUUCGAUUUGAUCGGCAAACAUCCGAACGCGAAAUCAGCACUGACUGUAAUUCAAUCGAUUUUCCCGGAAACCUGUCUGAAAUUGGCUGAAAAUCCGAUUUUGGAGCUGAAAAUUGGUGAAAUCGCAGAUUUGGACCUGGAAUUGAUUUUUGCGCAAGUAAAAUCGGAACUUGUGGAAAUGGCCGGGUUUUUGGCGUUUUGCCAAAAUUUGAAAAUCAAACGGGCCGUUUGA